AGGUGGUGACACCCUCCUUUCCAAAWAUUCCUCAAUCAUCAAAAGGUUCUUUUUUUGUUGGGAACCAACUUAAGGAGACGAAAGCAUCAUGGCAUCUGCAGCACAUCAGAACGUGGAGUUUGUCCGAACAGGCUAUGGCAAGAACGCCGUGAGGGUCUUGUUCAUCAAGAGGCGGGGGAACUACCACGACAUCGUGGAGCUGAAAGCCAACGUGGAGCUCACGCUCAGGUCUCGCAAGGACUAUCUGACUGGGGACAACUCUGACAUCAUUCCCACAGACACCAUCAAGAACACUGUCCAUGGUCUGGCCAAAAUCAAAGGGGUAAAAACCAUUGAGCAGUUCUCACUGGAUAUCUGCCAUCAUUUUCUCACCUCCUUCAAUCAUGUGAUGAGGGCCAAAGUGUACAUAGAGGAGGCUCCAUGGAGAAGGCUGGAGAAGGAUGGGGUACAGCAUGCUCAUGCAUUUAUCUACAGCCCUGAAGCUUGUCGUUUCUGUGACGUUGAACAGAACCUUGAUGGUCCUCCUGUGCUUCACAGCGGAGUGAAGGACAUGAAGGUGUUAAAAACCACCCAGUCUGGCUUUGAGGGGUUUCUCCGCGACCGCUUCACAACACUGCAAGCCACCAAGGACAGGUGUUUCUGCACCACUGUCUAUUCCAGGUGGCGCUACAACAAGACCCAGGAUGUUGACUUUGAUGCUGCRUGGAAGUGUGUGAGGGAUACGGUUAUCGAGAAGUUUGCUGGCCCCUAUCACUGUGGAGAGUACUCUCCAUCUGUGCAGAAGACUCUCUAUGAAACUCAGGUUCUGGUUCUGGACAGAAUUCCUGAGGUGGAAGAAAUCGAGAUCGUCAUGCCCAACCAGCAUUACUUCACCAUAGACAUGACAAAAAUGGGUAUUGCCAACAAAGAUGAGGUCCUUCUUCCUCUGGAUAAUCCCUCUGGAAACAUCACAGGGACGGUGUGUCGGAAACAGAGAGCCCGACUUUAAAAGCCACAUCACAACCUGAAAGUACUGAAGCUGUCCUCAGAUAUUUACCUAAAUGAGCUAAUUAAAAAAAAGAUCAAUGAUUAAAUGUGGAUUAUUACGUUCUGAAAACAGUGACCCUCAAGACUUGCCAAACAUGACUACAUCUGACCUUGUCAUGUACAUGCUGCCAAUCAUAAUGUACUACAAUUGCUCUGAUAAGGAAAUAAUACGCAAGAUUUUGUUGCAUUUAUUUAGACCCAGUGCUACGAUCAAUUUAAGCGUUUAAUACGGUUACACUUUUGUGUAAAGUCUUCUCCAGCAUCAAGUCUUUUAGUACAGUCAGGUACAAUUAUUUGUGACACGUUUUCAUUGCUGUAGAGUCCAAUCUUUAUGUUCCUCAGCCAAUCAGAGCCUUUCACACCAGCUUUAGCUCUUUUAUCCUGAGUUCUAAACCACAUUAAACAUGUGGAAAUGCUACUACUUUCAGUAAUAAACAUUACAAUGAGUUCUAA